AAAAGAAUAUAUCGGGGAAAUUAGGGUUUGGGAGGAGAAUGGGCGCUCUUCGCUGCUGGAUCGCGCUCUGCGCGCUGGAGAUCAUCAGCUGCUGCCUAGGAAUCUCUGCGCAGAAUGUUACUCUAGAAUCGCUAGCGAUUUUUCGGACGCACGAAUGGCUGGGGCACAAGCCGAGUUUGUAUUUCAAGUGUAGGGACGAGAACAAGGUGGAUUUGCCCGAUGUGAAGGAGAAGGACCGGAUUUAUAAAUUUGCUGGCCAUGAAUCCUGGCAACCACUUACAUCGCUCGUCGGUGUGAGAUGCAAGCGGUGUGGAGUGUAUGAGAAGAACGAGUUCCUCAAGGACGGCGUUUUCGACGAGUGGGAGCUCUGCCCAGACGAUUUCGACAAGAGUGGCCGGUACUUCCACUUCAAAAAGGGUGAAUUCAAUGCAACGUUUCUUCAGUCGCUCGACGCUCCAGACUCAAGUUCUAGCAAUGACGAGCCUCAAGCUCCCUCUUCCGGCCAUGGAAGAGCAGCGAUCACAGCGCUGGUGGCCCUCUUUAGCUUUCUCAUGGUCGCGGGUCUCGGCAUCGUCGGCUACACGAAGUGGCAGCAGAAGAAACGCGAAGAACAGCAGGCUCGCUUCAUCAAACUCUUUGAAGAGGACGACGACUUUGAGAGGGAAUUGGGACUGUAGAACACUUACUGGACAGAAGAAAUAGUCUACAUAGAUUUUCACAGGUACUGGAUGGACAAAGUGUAGAGCUUACUCUCUAGUUUCCAGGAUGUUUGGAAGACACAGGUCCGUGGCUCUUCUGGAAGUCUCUCUGGUUCGACGUCGGUGCGUAGUCCCCGUCUUCCUCGACGAGAGAACGAUAGUGAUCGUCUGGGAAGAACAAAGUAUGGAAGAUCUUCAAGGGAAAACAUUGUGAAAAGUUCACACAGACCUUGAUGAUCCAGUGGACGAGCUCCAGCUCCAGAGAUGGAAUUUGCUAGCAGCGAAAUUCCCCCCAGGAUCGCCAUGAGAAUGAUCGCAAGUAAACGCUGCUGCGCUGCCAUGAUCUUAUACGAAAGAUGAGAAGAUCCAAGGAACAAACUAUGAGAGGCUCCUCCAUUUUCAUUUAUUUGACUUCGCGCUAGCCGCGUUCUAGUCUCUUUUUUUUCGUGUUCUAGCUAGCCUUUGUUUAAAGCUCCACGAUCGAGCGCGCCGUACGUCACUCACGUGUUAGCUAAAGUGGAGGGCGAAUCUUUAACUAAGAUUCGCAUAUUCUUAUAAACCCAAUUCACUC